UUUCAAUCUAGAGAGAGAAAGCAUCAAACAUAGAGGGAGAGAGAGAGAGAGUUUGAACAACAAAAACUGAACCCGCAACUGCAAAGUCUAUCAAGAUUCUGGAGCGAGAAAAGUUAGAGAGAGAGAGAGACAGAGGGGGGUUACUUACAGUUAAUGGCGUUUUACGUGGAGGAAGAAGAUGUGUGGAAAUGUCCAAAACACCCCUCGAAGCGCCGGAGGAGCGGAAUCUGCCCGACCUGCUUACGUGAGCGCCUCGUCACUCUCUGCCCCGACUGCGCUAACGUGCGCCCCUGCGCCUGCUGCCCCACCGACACGACGUCGUCUUCCUCGUCCUCUUCGUCCUCCUUCUCCCUCUUCUCGUCCACCCGCGGCGUCGGAUCCGUCGGCCGCGUGUCGAACCUCAUCGACAGCGAGCCGUCGUUCCGGCGGUCGAGUUCCGUCGGGAUGUUCUUCCGAUCGAGGUUCGCCGGCGGGGAGAGAGACGCCGGCGGCGCGAAGCCGCCGCUCGCGCGCAAUCCGACCAAAUCGUCGGCGUUCUGGUCGGUGUUCAAGACAAGGAACAGUUCGAAGAAAGGCGGCGAAGGAGUCGGAGAAGAAGAUGAAGAAUCGUUGAAGAAGAGCAGAAUUAUUGUGGAGGAGGAAGAGGAGGAUGAUUAUUCGCGCAUGAUGAGGAGAUCGAGAUCGGUGAGUGUUCCGAUUUCGUCAAAUUCCGGCACCGGAAAUGUCAGAUCGUCGUCGAAGGGAAGGAAAUGGCAUUUUCCGAGUCCGAUGAAAGUUUUCCGGCAAACAAAAUUGUCCAAAGUCGUUCAAGAACGUUCGCCUUUGUACAGAGGUUGAUUUUUGUUUUUCUUUUUUUCAUAGUAUUUGGUAUUGAAAAAAAAAGAAGUAUUUAUUAGUUAAAAUUUGACCAAUAAAGUAACUUUUUGACAAAACUAUACUAUAAUAUAAUAUAAUGUUACAUUAAAAUUAUUUUUUGUUUUCUAAAUAUAACAAGUUGUAUGGUUUGUGAAAUGAAUCAUGAAUGUAAAUGUUUAUUUUGGGUUUUUAUUUUAUUUUUUUUU